CCUUUAUUAUUUUGUGACAAGCAAAGAAUUCUUUUAGUUUUUAAAGUAUUUUAAGAAGUAUCUCAAAAAUAAGUUUUUCCUUUAAAAUAGUUUUUUUUUGUGUUUAGUGACCUUUAAAAAUUUUUGGAUUAAAACAGUGCGCGGCAGACGCACGUCAACAAAAUAAAAUCAUUAAAAAACAAAUUUUUGACAGAAAUGGGAACUUUAAAGUUUUACCCUUUUCAUUCCACUAUUCAGCCGGUUUUUUGGAACUCUCUUGCACACAAAAAGUUAGAGGAACUGAAGCUUUCUGAAACUCCCUUGAAGGUCUGGGGUUCGUUUACUAACACUGACUCACCUAAGUCUGGCUUGAGUCCCCGGUUGUGCCUUGAGUGGGACGGAUUGGAAGAGAACGCCCCCAACUCCUGGACUCAGUUUGGAGUCAGAGGAGAGGUUGUAUUAUGCAACACAAUCGAAUCCUUCAAGAAAAUUGAUAAAAAUGCCUUUAUGCAAAGGUUGGGAGAACAGAUCUGGAAUAAGAUCGUUACUGGAGAGUUCUGGACUAAUCCGUCCCUGCUCUCCUCCUUCUCCGUUCUAAUGUUCGGAGAUCUAAAGAAGUUCCAGUUUUAUUACUGGUUUGCUUUCCCAGCCUUCAAUAUACCUUCAUCCAUCAGGUUAAGUUCCUGUUCUUCUGUGUCUGAAGUUCUAUCCGCAGAGCUGAUCCGUUCUAUAGCAACAGCAUCCUCACAGUUUAACAAAGAUUAUCCAAACACAUUAUACUCAGUUGUAAGGAUCGAGAAUGAGAAAAAAGUCUCGUUUUUACAGUUUUCUGAAUUACAACAUCUUAACAAGGAUUCUAACAGUGCUAGAAAUUUUAUUUGUGUAGCAGAUCCUAACAGUGGAGAUGAAAACCCAGGAUGGCCUUUGCGGAAUUUGGUUAUUGCAUUGUCUGCUUCGAAUACAAGGUCGAUUAAUUAUGUUGAUCUGAACUUGAAGCUGAUGAAGUGGAGACUAGUUCCUGAUCUUGAUUUAGAGAUCUUAAAACAAACCAAAUUCUUACUGCUUGGCUCAGGAACCCUUGGGUGUGGUGUUGCUCGAGGUUUACUAGGCUGGGGAGCAAGGAAUAUUACAUUUGUGGAUAAUGCAAAGGUGUCCUACAGUAACCCUGUCAGGCAGAGUUUGUAUGAGUUCUCAGAUUGUCUGGAUGGAGGAGCUAGUAAAGCUAAAGCAGCUGCUAAGAAAGUUGAACAAAUAUUUCCCGGAGUAAAGGCUGAAGGAAUUGAUCUCACAAUACCUAUGCCAGGACAUCCGAUUUCCGAUUCAACCGAGGCAAGUGUACAUGCCGCACAUGACACUUUGCACAAACUUAUCUCCGAGCAUCAAGUCGUCUUCCUUCUCAUGGACAGCAGAGAAUCAAGAUGGCUGCCAACUGUCAUGGCGGCCUGCCAUCCGGAGAAGAUUGUUAUCAACGCUGCUCUUGGAUUCGACACUUACCUUGUUAUGCGUCACGGAGUUAGACAUAUUGACACAGAGGCUCAAACUUUUGAUCUUAAAGAUUGUGUGCCAGGAACUCAUCUUGGUUGUUAUUUCUGCAACGAUAUUGUUGCCCCGGGAGACUCAAUGUCGGAUAGAACUCUAGAUAUGCAGUGCACUGUUACGAGGCCUGGAGCUAGUGCUACAGCUGCUGCCUUGGCGGUGGAAUUAGCUGUUUCCUGUCUAGAACAUCCUUUAGGCGGAGCUGCACCUUCUCAAUCCUCUUCACAGGAACAGCAUCAGGCUGCUGAAAGUGUUCUGGGAUUAGUUCCACAUACUAUCAGAGGUUCCCUUCACAGUUUCAACCAGUUCCUUCCCACCGGUUCAGCAUUCUCCCAGUGUACUGCAUGUAGUCCAACUGUAAUCAAGAUGUACAAGGAUGAAGGUUUUGAGUUGGUUAAGAAGGUUGGAACGUGUCCAAAAUAUCUUGAAGAUUCAACAGGACUCACUGAGCUUCUCAGUAACACAGACAUCAUGGAUAGUGUCAUAGGGCUCGACGAUGAUGAUACAUUUUCCAUGUCCAGUGAUUCCUAGUUCGUCCUUUUAUUUAGACAGUUCUAACUCUGUCCUGUUCAUUAAACAUCUUUUCAUUUUAUGCCGUCCUUCUUGUCUGUUAUGUUUAUUCUAUACAGUUCUUACUGUUUGACAAUCUGUCCUGUACAUUCAAAAGCUUUUCAUUUUAUGUCGUCCUUGUCUGUU